UAUCUCCUGCAUACCUGGCACACUGCUGUUUUACCUCACUUAAUCCCCAGGACAACCUUGUGCUGUGGAUAGUCCUAAAACCAUUUUACAGAUGAGGAAACUGAGAUUCAGGACUGUAUGGUGAAUUGCCCAAAAUCACCAAAGAAUUAAUGGCAAGAUUAAUGCACCUCAAGUUUCAGGCAUUGGGGGUAGUCUAGAGGCACAGAGAAGGGACCCAGCCUCAGGGAAUGGUAUUUAGGGCCAAAGGAACAGACAAGGAAUAGGGUCAGGGAAUAAAGACAGGGAAUAAAGGCCAGGAGCAAGCAUCUGUAUGUUGGAGGUAGACAAAGAAGAUGACACAAAGCCCUGAGGUAGAAAACCUACAUCUAAUCAUUGAAACUAAAAGGAGGUGGUUCUUUUAGUACAGUUUUACUAAUUGUUCAUUUGCCCUGGGACCCUAAAGCACAAGGUGGAGAGGAGUUCAAAGUCACUAGAAUAGGACAUUGUCCUGCCAGACUUGGAGCCUCCAGGAGUGAGUUACCUCUGGGUCUGCCACCAUUGCCCAGUCAGGGCCUGCCACAGAAAGGGCUAGGCUGAGUGAAUGAACAAGAAUGAAUGCAUGAAAAAGAUCUCUGGUGAUGGAACGCCGCUGAGAGGUCUGACAAGAUGUACCAGGUCCCACUGCCACUGGACCGGGAUGGGACCCUGGUCCGCCUCCGCUUCACCCUGGUGGCCCUGGUCACAGUCUGCUGUCCGCUUGUCGCCUUCCUCUUCUGCAUCCUCUGGUCCCUGCUCUUCCACUUCAAGGAGACUACGGCCACACACUGUGGGGAUGUUCUCUGCGGCCUCCCAGCCCUUGGACCCAGAUGGGACUGUGUUCCGGCUCCGCUUCACGGCCAUGAUCUGGUGGGUCAUCACUUUCCCCAUGUUCGGCUUCUUCUUCUGCAUCAUCUGGUCCCUGGUGUUCCACUUUGAGUACACGGUGGCCACUGACUGUGGGGUGCCCAACUACCUGCCUUCGGUGAGCUCGGCCAUUGGUGGGGAGGUGCCCCAGCGCUACGUGUGGCGCUUCUGCAUCGGCCUGCACUCAGCGCCCCGCUUCUUGGUGGCCUUCGCCUACUGGAACCACUACCUCAGCUGCGCGUCCCCGUGUCCUGGCUACCGCCCGCUUUGCCGCCUCAACUUUGGCCUCAACGUCGUCGAGAACCUCGCACUGCUAGUGCUCACUUACGUCUCCUCUUCCGAGGACUUCACCAUCCACGAAAAUGCUUUUAUUGUGUUCAUCGCCUCUUCCCUCAGUCACAUGCUCCUCACCUGCAUUCUCUGGCGGCUGACCAAGAAGCACACAGUAAGUCAGGAGGAAUAUGAACAUGCCCAUCAUUCCUGCUGCCCUUGCCUGUGCCCCCUUCCAAAACCAAGGGAGGACCGCAAGUCCUACAACUGGAAACAGCGGCUUUUCAUCAUCAACUUCAUCUCCUUCUUCACGGCGCUGGCUGUCUACUUUCGGCACAACAUGUAUUGUGAGGCUGGAGUAUACACCAUCUUCGCCAUCCUGGAGUACACUGUUGUCCUAACCAACAUGGCGUUCCACAUGACAGCCUGGUGGGACUUCGGGAACAAGGAGCUGCUCAUUACCUCCCAGCCUGAGGAAAAGCGAUUCUAAACCCUUUCUCUCCUACUAGAAAGGAGGAGGCGGUCCACUGCCCAGAAACUAGAAACAAGACACCACUCUGGCCUUCCCCACCCUGUGUCCUCUGUGGGCCGUGCUGAAGCUGGGGGAGGGGGAGGAAGGGCAGAAGGGCACAGGACAGGGUUUUAGGUAGCCCUGCUGGCUUCUCUUUUCCCUCACCCCACUUGAAGGCACAGGGACCUUCAAGCAGCAUCACCCUUAUCGGAGAGGCCCCAAGAAGCUGAGCUGUUAGGAGAGCUCCACCAUCUGGUGCUAAAAAAAGUCCUGAGGUUUAUAACCACCAUCGGUUCUUGGCCUUUACAUAGCCACCUCUUGCUGAGGUCAGGGACCACUGAGCAGUGGCUGCUACCUGAAAACCACAGCCAUUUCUCUCCACGGGGUCAUUCACUUGACUGGUGUAUGUGAUUAUCUCCUGCACAUGCCCAGGCCUGUGCCACAGUCCCUUGCUAAGUUUGCGCAGGUGUUCUAGCUCUGACUUCACCUCCUGUUUAGUGUGUACCCCUUCCCCAUCUAAGCCUUCGUAUGUCCAUGCAGGUGGUUGGGGGUAGGAGGGCUGUAGGAUCUGUAAGGGCUCUGCCAGUGUGUGGUUCUGACACUACCUUGUGGAGGUAGUGUUCUGUACCUGAGGGAUGUCCUGCUCCAGGAAAAGCACUGGCACAGCAUUUGUUUUCCUUCCCUUCUGAAAUCCAUGGCUCACCGACUCUUCCUCCUUGGCAAAGGUGUAGGGUAGUUAGAGGCAGAUUCCUGCCCCAAAAUGGGCUCUCUGCUGUCUCCCUGUCCUCCCUGCUGCCCCAUGCCCUGACCUCUUUUGGUUGUACAUUUUAUUUCAAAGGAAAAUAAAUUUUUUUUUUUUUUUUUUUUUUUGCCAACA